CAUUGCCUAAUCUGUCACUUUCCUGUCUUAUCAAUGAACCCAGAUGGUCAAGUAGCUUGCCAUGUUAUUAGAGUUGGUUAGUGAUACAACAAGGACUACAGCCCAAGUCUUUGGACUCCCAAGCCAGUAUGCAUCCUAUAAAGGAAAUGAUAGUCUUAAGAAAGUACACAUUUUUGGGAGGAACAAAACUAGUUCCUUUAGUUGCAUAAUUUUUUCUCUAAAGAUUUUUUUUGGUGUUCUUGACUUAAAAAAAUCCAACUUUCUGAUAUUAAAAAAAAAAAUCAAGAUCAAAAUUAAUACAUGGAGCACCUUAAAGCAUAAUACAGUUGACUUUGUAAUUAGCAGAGUUGAAAGUGAUGAGAAGAUCCUUUAAUUUUCUUUGUGCCUGCAGGAAGGUGGGAGUCAAUCAUUUUGACAAGUCUCCUGAAAGGAACAGCUAGCAGGAGCUGAAACCUUUUUCCAUUUGCUCUUGUGGCAAAGGCAGAGAUCACUCCAGCAGCUCCACACAUGAAACCGCCUCUUAUUUCUCCGGAUAUGACGUGCUCACAGGUACCCUCUGAACAGUCUUCUGGUACCUCUCUCUUGCCUAAAGACACUACCCCAUUUUCUUGGGGUUCCUUGGAUGAGGAGAAAUUAGAUGACUCCUUGCUGGAACUGUCUGAUGGAGAAGAAGAUGAUGACAAUUUUAGUUACACCGAGGAAGAGAUUGAGAGAUUCUUGAAGGAUGAUGACCUAUCAAAUGAGAAUACUUCUUGUGGAGGAACGUUGUGUAAAGAUGAUGGCCAACGUGUUGAAAAGGAAGGAACAGGGAGUCAAGUUCUACUUGAUACUCCUCAAGAGAAAAAUUCAUUGUCCAGCUUGGGAUCAGUAGCUGAGCCUGAGAUCCCUGUCCUCGUCAAACUACCUCAACUAAGUACAUCAGUUGGUCAUGGAUCAAAUCCUACUAAACCAUUAAACAGACGCUCUGCAGUAGAAAAGAAUCUUAUUAAAGUAACUGUUGCACCAUUUAAUCCAACAGUUUGUGAUGCUGUGCUUGAUAAGGACAAGACUGAUUCAUCCAAAGAUACUGAAAAACCCUCUUCCUUUGGGGAAGCGAUAAGAGGAGAUAGUUUAAGCCCAAAUGAGAGCAAACUUUGCACCGUAUCUGAAGGGAUUAGCCCCAAUAACUCUGCGUGGGAUGGACCCCUGCGCUCUUCUGCAAACAGUAACUUUCAACAAACUAUCUCUAAUAAAAAUAUGCCUGACAGUAAGAAACCUACAUCUGCAUUCUCUCAGAUCUCAGACCAUUCAGAGACUCCUAAUAUGGAGUCAUCCUGGAAAAAUGGUGAAUCACAUAAAUCAAGUUGUGAAAUGAAGCUUCCAGUUGUUUCCAGUUCAUCAAAUAAACAGGAUGUUCUUGGCAAGGAUUCUGGAAAGAUGAAAGGCCAUGAGAGAAGACUAGGCAAAGUCAUUCCUGUUCUACAAACCAAAACCAGGACUAAUGCUCCAGUGUUUUCACAAUCAAAUUUAGAAGAGCAGAAGCAAAUUUAUCUCAGGCGUGUCAUUGCUCAUAUAGAAGAAGAUCCAGUGGACUCUAACCAAGGUACCUUGACAGAGCUAUAUGCCUUGAUGGAUCAAGUUCAUCAUAUGCAGAACUCAAAAUGGCAGCAUCCUUCAGACCUUACCACGCGAAACUACGCCCGCCGACAGAAUCCUCUGCAAAGAUACAGUCUGACUCAGUGGGUUGACAGGAAUAUGCGAAGCCACCAUCGGUUCCAGCGUCUCCCAGACUUCUAGUGCAUUUGUCUCAUCUCAUCAGCAAUGACAGUCCCUAUCCAGGGUCCUGCUCAGAGCAGCAUCUCAUUUUCUUCUGCUGUUUUGUGCUUUAUAGAUUUUGAAUUUUACUUUUUCACAAGAUUUUUAUUUUAAAAACUUGUUAUCUUUUGGAAAUGCCCAUUGCUGACUUGAAUUUUUUUGUAUGAGGUCCCCCUUGAUUUUGUGUGUAUGUGUCUAUGUGUGUUUAAGCAGUGUUAAGUUGAUACUGUUUUUUUGUUUUUUAUUUAAAUUGAAGGUAGCUGCCUCCUGAAAGCCAGCAUUAAGCCAAAAUACCCAGGCUCAAGCAAAAUACACCUUUUUGCAGAGGGGUGAGGUCUAUUUCUGGUGCCCAAAAGAAGUCAUCUUUUAAUCUCCAAUAAGGAGGAAAUUGUUUAUCAGGCUAUGAGCCAGUGUUAAUUAUUAUUAUUGAUGAUGUGAAUGAAUAUGUCACUUUUAACAACUCCUUUUACUUUUUUAUUUGAAUCUCUGAAUACAUGUCAAUAUUUUAAAGUUGGUAAUCCAGGUCAUUAGAAAUAGGGUGAAAUAGGAGAAAAACACUGUUGAAAGGACAAAUUAAAAUAGUAAAUCCUCUCCUCUCCUUUCUGUACCUACUAGCUGCCUUUAUUAUUUUUAGGCUUUUUUCAUUCUUCGUUAGACUUAUUUUGCACAAUAGUAUUUGCAAGCCUUAGACAUCUUAACUCUGACCGAAAACUUAUGACUAACGGCUGUUGAAUACCUUGUGGUCUUGUGACUGGUUGUCUCCUCUGUUCUUCAAGGUUUUUCCUUUUUCUUUUUUCCCCAGUGACUACUUUGCUCCUUAGGGUUCUACUGGCAGUAUUUCUAUAUUGUGUUAGACACAGAUAUGCCUCUUCAGGAUGGCCUCCCUGCCAUCUUUAUUGAAGAGUUGCCCACUCAGAGUCUUGACUCUAGAACAGGGCGGUGCCAUUGUGGUGUUAAUUGGUCUUCAGUUUCAUCUGCUGAACCCCACCUUUAAGUAUGAGUUGACAUUUGCAAGUAUCAAGUAUGGGUGUUAGCCAGGGAGCUUCCAUCCUGUGGGAAAGACUUUGGAGAGGCACUCUUUUGCCUCCAUUAUUAGUUAACAAGAUGUGCCUUUAGACCCUGGUUUUUACCAUCUCUCUUGGUCAAGGGCCUGAUGCAUAGUUUCACAUAGCUGCUAGAGUGGGUCUAAUAUAGCUGUUACUAAUCCUAUACACAAAAGCAUUACCUGAUCUUAAGGUCUGGUAUUCUAACCAAGGUUGACAGACUGUGCAUCUGUCUUAAUGGAUGUCUUAGGAGUUUAUUAUUCUCUCUUUACAGAUAGCUAGACAUUUUGGGAAGUUUUGAAGUCUGGCAUUUGUGCUUUUCAUUCUCUGUGAAGGUUGUUUGUAGUUGCUGUAGCCUCUGUCUGAUUUUGUUGUUUCAUCAAUCUCAUCUUUGUAUGUGAGUAAAGCAUCUUAAACAUCCCACCCUACUUUAGAAACUGACUUGGGAAAAGCUUGGUCAUUAAAGCCACCAAUACAUUUGGAUGGAUGUCCCUAAGUGUUUACUCUUUUUAUUCAGUUAAGGAUUCACUUUUCCUUGGACAUUCAGUUUAGAUUCUGGGGCCAAAAUGCAAAGGAGAAAUUCUGUUCAAAGGCAGUAGUCAAAAUAUUCUUUUAGUUGGUAUAACUGGCAUUUACUACAUUGGUCACUUCUCCAGGCUGCACUAAAUUAGCUUGGUGGAGUGUGAGACAUGCCAAACAUCCACCUUUGGGACCAUAGUGUAGUUAAAAUUAAAUGUAGCUAGAAUAGCUAGCAUUGCAGCUGUCUAGUUCCCCACAGAUAACUCAAGGAGUGAAGUGAAGGGGAUAGCAUUUGGCUUAAGCAAAAACCUAAGACUCAUGUUUCUGCCCUCCUGGUAAAGGGGGUUAAGACUGAAUGUGUAAUAGGAACACUGCCUUUGCCAAAUCAAAUGAGUGACAGGUUAACUAGAAAAUGUGACAAUCACAUUUCCUCGUAGCUCAAAUAAUUCUGUUUUUCCAAAGCUUUAGCAGCUUAAUUAAAUCUGUUGGACUGGGGGAGGAUAGAGCUGUUCUCUAGUGGUUAACAUGGUAUUCUUUAAGAAUAAAAAACAAAGCCAAAGAAAACGCAUUAUCUGGCAUGUUUGCCUUAAAGAUGGUAGUGGGUAAAAUCUGGAGUUUUAAGCUCUUUUCAAAGCUGUAUAUCUCUUAUAUUUGGUGUCAGCCUCUAAGUCUAGUAUUUCAGGUAGAAUUUUUGCUGUAUUUUUUUUUUUAUUUGAGUAAGGGUUAUGUACACUUAACUGCCUACCUAGUUUUCUUCAUCCAUGAUGACAUUCUCACCACAGGGUCUUGACAAAGCAGAGUAAAAAUGUGUUGUUUACAUAGCUUACUUGUAAGUGAAAAGCCUGAAAUAACCUGUAGUUUCACAUCUAAUGCAGGGCCUGAUUUACUUGCAUUGUUGUCAGGAUCAAUUAUGAAACUGAAGUUUGGUGCCUCUUCUUUAUCAUGUUUUUCCCUUGUAGCAGUUGUGUAUAAUGUCAUUAAAAAGAAAUAAAAGUUCUUGUCAGUGGCA